AUGCUCACGCCCGCAGAAGUACUUAAGCAAAAUGCGCAAAUGGUCAGCACUAGCCAAAGUGACUCAAAUGCCAAAACACAAGGUACUAGUGUAUUUGCCCGAUUUAAGGGCCAUCCGUGGAGAUUGUGGAAUGGGUAUUUUGCGUUACUUGGACGGAACCUGCCUUUUACGGGUAUUCAAUUCCCGAUGUUUGAGUAUAUCCGGUCACAUGUUAUUGAGAGGUAUAGGAGGCGCAAAGCUGUCAAGGCUGGUGCUGGUGCUUCUGCUUCUGCUUCUGCUUCUGGUGCUGGUGGUAAUAAGGAUGCGUCGGGCCAAAGAGACCAGCUCAUCGAGCGAGCUGGUUUAACCGGGCUUUCAGCGUCUGUAUCUGGAUCUAUAGCAUCGGUUAUUACCACACCUAUAGAUGUGAUUAAGACGCGCGUUAUGUUGUCUGCGAGUGACAAUACAGGCGCAGAGUCGGUGCGACGGGCUGUGAAAGACUCGAGGAAAGGUACUUGGGCUGUUGGGAAGCAGAUUGUACGCGAUGAGGGUGUUCGUGGUUUGUUUAGGGGUGGGAUGAUUCGGGGUGUUUGGACGGCUGUGUCGUUGAGUUUGUAUCUUGGGUUGUAUGAGGGUGGACGGUUUUAUCUUGAGAAUCGGCGGCGCAGUUUGGAAGAGGGUGCUGAGCGUUUAUAG